AUGGACUCCAACAUCUCUCUUCUCAUGAAUAUGUCUUCAGGGAACCCCUUGAGUAUGUCUGCAAGGACCCAGUCAGUAUCUGCAGGUCAUAUUGCUCUGAAUGUCUUCUCAUAUUUGAUGUUUGCAGUGACCUUUGUCCUUGGCGUGCUGGGCAACGGGCUCGUGAUCUGGGUGGCCGGCUUCCGCAUGGUACGCACAGUCACCACCAUCUCUUACUUGAACUUGGCAGUUGCGGACUUCUGUUUCACCUCCACUUUGCCAUUUUUCAUUGUCUCCAGGGCCAUGGGAGGGCACUGGACAUUUGGUUGGUUUAUGUGCAAGUUCAUAUUUACCAUAGUCGACAUAAACCUGUUUGGAAGUGUCUUCCUGAUCGCCCUCAUAGCACUAGACCGCUGUAUUUGUGUCCUGCAUCCGGUCUGGGCUCAGAACCACAGAACCGUGAGCCUGGCCAAGAAAGCAAUCAUUGUACCCUGGAUUUGUGCUUUUCUCCUUACCUUGCCAGUUAUCAUUCGUGUGACCACAGUUCCUAAUAUACUUGAACCAGGGAAAACAAUGUGUACUUUUGACUUCUCCCCCUGGACCGAAGACCCUGUAGAGAAGAAGAAGGUGCAAGUCACCAUGCUUACUGUCAGAGGGAUCAUCAGGUUCAUCAUUGGGUUCAGCACACCCAUGUCUAUUGUAGCCAUUUGCUAUGGGCUCAUAGCCACUAAAAUGCACAGGCAAGGCCUGAUCAAAUCCAGCCGUCCCCUGCGGGUCCUUUCUUUUGUUGUGGCUGCCUUUUUCCUCUGCUGGUGCCCAUAUCAGAUAGUGGCCCUAAUAGCCACAAUCAGAGUCCGUGAAGGCCAGAAUGGUAUAACUCCAAACCUCAUGGUUGCAGUGAAUGUCACAAGCGCCUUGGCUUUCUUUAACAGCUGCCUCAACCCAAUACUCUAUGUCUUCAUGGGCCAGGACUUCAGAGAGAAACUAAUCCACUCCCUGCCAGCUAGUCUAGAGAGGGCUCUAAGCGAGGACUCAGCCCAGACCAGUGACACAGGCACCAACUUGAGCACCAACUCCUCUCUACCUUCUAAAGACAAUGUACAAGCAGUGUGA